AUGCCAUCGUCAACGGGAGUAUUUGUGCUAAUGAUCCUCACUCACCUGAGUUUGGGCCAGAUGCGAAGCGAGGAUCAGCUGUUGAUGGUGGGCCAGAACGGGGAUCUCGACAGCAGCAAUCCUGCAAUACACCACCAGCAACAUCAGCAACAGCAGCACCACAGCAAUCACAAUCUGAACAAUGGGAAUAUGAACAGCACAAUACUGAAUACCCUGAUGGGAAGCAAUGCUGGCCAGGUGGUAAACAGUUCACCGGGAGGCGGUUCGAUGAUCAAUCAGUUGGGCAGCAGUACAUCAAGUGUUCCCUCAGUGAUUGGCGGAGGAGGCGUGGGCUCCGUCGGAAGCCCAUGGCACUCGGGAAUGGGACUAGGAGUUCCGGGCAACGGCAUGGGACUACCAUCGUCCCACGGUCACGGCGGCAGUUUGGGAUCCCAUCCCCAUGGACACGCUUUGGCUGGACUGGCCAAGUUGGGAAUUAUAGUGCCCGGUAGCCAAGGAUUACCUGGAAAUCUGGGAUACGGCGGAACAAUGCUCACUGGAAGUGGACAAGGAGGAGGAGGAGGUGCGGGCGGAAUGGGCCUAGGAAUGGGCUCCGGCACUAAUAACAUGGAUAUGCAGCAAGGCCUUUACAAGUGA